AUGAGCGAAUUGACCGAGCCCCCAGCGAAGAAGGUUUGCCCUUCUGAUAACCGCAAGCACCCUCCGACUCGCAGGGGCAUCAUCGUGGAUGUCAUGGUCGAGAGCGCGGACAAGUUCGUCGACUUCAUGGGAAAAGCCGCCAAAGCCAAGGAGUACUUCCGCUUCCCCGACAAGGACGGCAAGAUCAUGCACCUCUCCGUCGACGUCGACGGCGUAGCGCUGUACGUCGAGGAGCUCGGCAACAACAUGGACACCGGCGCCAUCAGCACCCCUCACGCCCGCCUGCACCUCAACACCGACGACCCGGCCGGCGUUGGUGCCAAGCUGGUGGAGCACGGUGCCAAGGAGCUCACCAAGAUGGCCGAGCAGUUCUGGGGCGCCACGUUCGGUGUUUACCAGGACCCGUUCGGUCAGAUCUGGUCGGUGUCAAACUCCACCAACACCAUCGAGGACGUGCCCAAGGAGCUGGCGCGCAAGAUCAUCCCCUUCGUCAGCGUCCGUGACUGCUCCGCCUACAUGACCUUCCUCACGGACGCCCUGGGAGCCGAGGUCGUGUACCCCCCUGCGAAGGACCCCACCGGCAAGAUCAUGUGCGCGGAGAUGAAGAUCAACGGCGGCAUCAUCAUGCUCGGCGACCACUGCGGCGAGGACGCGAGCAAGACGGAAGCCUCGAUGACCAUUUCGUACGAGGUCGGGAAGGACGAAGCGGGACCCCUGGCCAAGUCCUUCAAGGACAACGGCGGGGAGGUCCUCGAGGAGGUGUCGAUGCAGUUCUGGGGACAAGUGUGGGGUCGGUGCAAAGACCCCUUCGGCCAACCGUGGGGCUUGUGCGAGGUGCAGACGGGGCCUACUACUUCCAACGAAGACAUGGCCAAGGACAUGGAGAUCGGCGCCAAGUACGAUUGGCGCUACACCUGGGCGGUUGAGGACAUGCCUACCGUGUACUGUUACGGAGCGAUGUCCACAAGCGAAGCGACCAGCCCCGCCAUCAGCGAAGAGACCAACAAGACGCUCCCCGCCGCCUUCGCGGGAGCCGCUGCUGCCGGGCUCGCCAUGGCCGGCCCCCCCGCGUCCGCCUACUACACCUGGGACCCUUCCCCCGGCGGGACCACCAAGUUCACCUGCGGACCCUCGGUGGCCGGCGACGGCGCCUCCGCUCUGAUGAAGGACGUCGACGGAGACGACAACGGCCUCGGCGUGAGGACCGCCGGCGGCUGCAAGUGCGUGACGACGCUGCACACGGGUCCGUACGACGAGCUGAUGAAGUGCUACAAGGCGACCUUCGAGUGGGUCGAGACCAAGGGUUACGAGUCGCGCAUGCCCGUGUUCGAGCUGUACGAGAACGACCCGAAGGACACCCCGCCGGAGAAGCUCAAGACCAAGGUGGAUGACGAGGUGAAGCACCCAAGCAACAAUGGCCGAGAAGAUAGGGACACUGGCGUGUAGCACUAGUAGUGGAUUCAUGAAGUAUUUUGAUCCAUGGAGUGUAGAGCGUAGUUGCGAUCGUCAACGGUGCACAGCGGUUGGAUGGACGAUUUACUUGUACUCGGUCGCGUUACUCGUUGGAUUUCGCUGCUUGGUUGCUACACGUUCCUCGUGCCAUGCAUGCGGCGGCGAAAGAGCGGGGGGCGGCGGCGGACGUUUCGUGGGCAGGCCGAACACAAGCAGUGGUAUCGUCAUGUAUUGAGAUCGCCUUGCGCCCACUCGCGUACGUUUUUCUUUCCCUUAGUAGUGAUUUGUUUUGUACGAUGUUUUGUUGUAAGAACUGUCAAGUACACAGAACACUAGACGAACCUGGCUGGUUCGGUUGUCGAAAGUAGAUUUCGUGAUUUUCUGCAUUUCUGUCGAGCUGCACGGAUGAAGAUUAUUUGGUGCGUUCUAAUUACAGUAAGAGGCACCCGGGGUAGUGUUGUGACUUGCGUUUGUUUACCCCUGCGGGCUGUUGCAAAUGACUCUUGGUUGCCAUGAGGGUGUUUCUCUUUUUGACGUAGGACCGAGAGAGGUUUAAUUUACUUGUCUACUUUGUAGCACCGCACCGUGCUGGUGAUCCCAAGCAGUUC